AUGGGAGAAUCCACAAUUAGUGCCAUUGGGUUCUCUGCAUUCAAUCAGACCAGUGGGCAAGGAGGCGUUAGGGCUAGUUUUGUUGGCCCUAAAAUGCUAGGCAACGUCUAUGGAGGCACCCACAGUUGGGUUGGCGACGCCUCGAGGGCUAGGAGUGUUGAGGGAGUCGCUGGUUUGGGCAUAACUUUCGAUGGCGUAGGCGUUGGCUCACGGGGAUCUGGUAAGGCUUGCGGCAAAGCCUCAGGGAGGCGAAGGACUCCAUCGGGUGAAGCCCAGGCAACGCAAGGUGAGGCCCAGGCGACGCCAGCUGGGCAUUGGGCGCAGUGGGUUACGCUAGAGACGGAGGUGGUGCCGACUGGGCGUUAG